AGUUUCAGCCAUGGCGGAACAAAUAAUCCGUGAGCUGGAGGCCGCUGCCGAAAUUUUAAUGGCUCCGCCCAAUGUCGUCAGCAGUGAACAAAGGCAUUGUGCAGAAUCGGUAUUUAUGAACUUCCAGAAGACCAGAUCGCCAUUCCAUCUUUGCCAGUUAAUACUUGCCAACAGCCGCUCAGACUAUGUUCAGUUCCAGGCUGGUUCCCUUCUCAAGCAAGCUAUCAUCCGAGAAUGGAAGGAAGUGGACAAAGGAAACCUUGUGCAGCUUAGAACUGGUUUACUUAACUUUGUGGUUCAGAAUCCUACCCUCCAGAAUUAUGUUCGAGAGCAGCUACUUCUUGUUGUGGCUAUCAUGGUGAAACGUGCCAGUGUAGAGGAGACUGAGAGCAAGAUUGUAGGAGAGUUCUUGAAUGAAGUUUCACAACUUAUAAGUAGUGGAGAUGCAGCCAUGCAAGUGAUUGGUUGCUCCAUCCUAACAGCACUCCUGAAUGAAUUUUCCAGUUCUACUCGAGCCAGUGAUGUAGGCCUCACAUGGGAAACUCAUUUGACUGCUAAGAGGCGAUUCGAGAGAAAUGAUCUGAAAAGACUGUUCCAGUUUUGUCUGCAAGGCCUAAGCGAGUUGAACAAGGUGGGUGGAGUGCCUCCUGAAACAGCACGUCUCUUCAAAAAGUUUCUUAUCAUUGCAGAACAGGUUCUCACCUGGAACUUCCAGUUUGCAAUGCUACUUCCUCGCAAGCUAGUGGGCAUGUUUGAAUCUCAGCAGUGCCCGGCGCUACGACCCACAGUUGACUGGCAUGAAGUAUUUGUUGAUCCAACAGUCAUCCAACUCUUCUACAAGCUUCAUUGGCAGGUACGAGAAAUCCCUGAUUUGUGCCAUCACACACUUCAGUGCCUACAUCAACUGUCCUCCUUGAACGGGCAAGUUCUCAGUAAGAAAGAGGACAGGCUUAGCUACCUCCGUUGUUUUGUUGAGAAUCUCGUCCAUCUCCUUAAUGGGGGCCCCUUAAGAGAUCAUGAGGUGAUUGGAAUCUCUAACAUGUUGAGCCGCCUGCAUGUAUUCUUCCCGGCCCUCUACAUAAAUUCCCUCCCACCAGAGAUAUUGCAGGCCUACCUCUCACAAAUGACUGCUCUCACGUGUAAAUGCAUUGAUAUGGCUGCACAUGAGGAUAAGUCACAAGAUGACCGGGUCUACAAUGAGGGAUUUGAGCAUCUGUUGGAUGCAUGGCAGAUGGUGCUACAAGAUAACCAGUACUUUGCUCCAGAACUGGUACAGCAGGCUUCCGUCCAAAUAUUCAACCAAUACCUCAAAACACAUCUCUCCCCACCAGAAGGAACACGCCCUCAAAGUGCUCCAGAAGAGAUUGAAGAGGUGGAAGAGAAUGAUCGAACCAAAUACUGGGAUCAGCUGUCAGCCAUUGGGCUCUUUGCCCGCCACAUUUUGCACCAUUGUGUACCCAUCUUGGUCAGGCUGCUUGAAGAUCGGUUGACACGCCUGCAUGGUCAGUUGCAACGAAUGCAGCAGUGUGGAGGGGCCGAAGACAAUACCAUCCUAGAGAUGCUGAAUGAAGAUAUCCAUUGGCUGCUUCUCAUUAGUGGGCAUGUGCUGUCAUCUGUGAGUGAAGGAGAGACCUCCCUAAUUCCUUUGGAGAUAAUUCGGUACAGCAUGAGUCAAACAGAAAACGUUAACAUUGAGACCACGUUGCGUGUCUUGGCUUCUCCUUCACACCGUGUCUGCGAUAUUCCUGGUGCUGAGACGUCCACAGAUCCAGUUGUCAGAUUGGUGGCUGGAGUGUUUCGACUGUGUGAGGUGGAGAGGCGUGCUUUAGAGGCAAACCUCUCCCACCUAAUGAGCCCAGAAGUUGGGACAUCUCUGGCUUGGUUCUUGGGUCGCUUUGCAGUCACUUACCUGAUGCCAAACGAAGCCUACUAUUCCGAGAUGAGCCUAAGCUUGACACAGGCAUUCGGUAAAGAUACUGAGGCUGGACGAUGGACUUUGGAUUUUGUAAUCGGGAAGUUGGAAUCAGAUUUGCUGCUGUGGCCAGGAGAGGUAUCCCUUCUCGAGGAGUGCUGCUCUAGCCUCGGGAUGGUCCUAAACAACAGUGAAAGGGGGGAGCAGGCUAUAACUUGCACUUCUUUCUUGAGUCUUCUGAAGCGUCAACAAGGUGGUGUGUUCCAUGCCCUGCCUCCUGUGGCCAAACGACAGCUGCUCAAGUCUCUAGUGUUAGUUGGAGCAUACAAUGAGAAUGCAGACAUGAGGAAGCGCUAUUGGAUGGAGGUUCUGAAACCAUUGCAGGAGCGACUACAGGCCCUGGUGUGUUCCCCCUCAACCUUACAGGCAGAGGCGGUGGACUUGCUGGAGUGCAUAGGGGGCCUCCUAGAAGGAUGCUCUCCUGGAAACUUGGGAGCCCAAGGAGCCUCUCUCCUUGUUCCCCUCCUUUCUCCCUUGUUCCCUGCCCUCGUGAAGCUAAUGGAGCGCUACCACUCCUAUGGGCAGGUUCUCUCACUACUAUUUGGUGUGCUUUGCAUAGCUGCCAAGAGGAUACUAUGUUACUUGGCACAGAGUGAUGCAAAUAAUCUGUACAAAUGCUGUAUUGAUGUAAUCAGCAUUUAUGCUAAACACAAUACUGGAAGACUGAGUCAGGAAGUGACAGCAGAGGAGGACCAAUUUCAAGACCUGUUAGCACUGAUGCAGCUUCUGACCGACCUACUCUUCAGGGACUUCAUUGAGUUUGGACCAUCACAAGCGCCAACACCUGUCACUGAGACUGGGGAGCCAUGUUGCACUGCAGCGGAUGUGGUGCUGUUCGGGCUCAACAUAAUCAUGCCACUCAUGAGCAAGGAGCUUCUCAAUUUCCCGACCUUGUGCACGCAAUACUACAAACUGAUCACUUUUGUAUGUGAGAUUCACCCCAACAAACUGUUUGACAUUGAAGAAAACCUUUUCAAGUCCCUCUUCAACUCUGUUCGUCUUGGACUCACCUCAUUUACUCCCGAAAUAACAUCCUUGUGCCUGGAUUACUUGUCAAUCCUGGGUCUGUAUGUGAUCAAUCACAUGGGUACUAACCAACACCCUAACUUCACAGCUCUAGAACCAUUCAUCAAGAUUCUGCUAGAAAUGCUAUUGUUCCAGCCCCUUGACACAGACUUGACACAGGCUGGUAGUAGCACACUCUACACCCUUAUUUGUUGUUUUCAUGCACAAUACAAAUCAGCUGUUGCGGAGCUAGUAGAGUCUCGCCCUGAGCCUGAAGUUCGCCGAAGGCUUGGGGAGGCCUUUACCCUCCUUGAUGCCAGCAUCACACUCAGUCUUGACCGUUAUAGUCGCAUCAAGUUCCGGGAUGAGUUAGAGAGAUUUGUCACUGAAGCGAGGGGAUACCUAUGCGUCAAAUAAGAUAACUUCGCUUCAGUGCACGCAGACUUCUGUAUUUUCAAUGCUGCAAAGUGGGCAAUCUGGUCACCGGUCACAACUGUACUGAUAAAAUCUGUAUAUAACUUUGAAAAGAAAUGAACCAAUUUGGGAAGAGGUGAGUGCCUAGUGUUACUUAAGGUUAUUCACUUUGCAGCAUUUUUUGCAACUGUUGUGAUGGAGUUCAUUUGACUUUUCUCGCAAUUGUUUCAUUAAAGUUCAUCAGAUAUCCAAAGAUGGGAGUUGGACAUUAUGAAUUCCAAAGAUCGAAGAUAGCUGCCAAACAUAAAUGUUGGUGGGACAUUUUCCUCUUGCAUCUGUACAGUACUUUUGUAUAUAUGUUUGAUUGUCAUAAGAUACAAAUGUAAAUCUUUUGUCACUGGUUGGGGAAAGAAAUACUGCCUCUGCCACAACAUAGAGCCACAAUGAAAAAUAAUAUUAUUUUCCUCAGGAAGGGAUAUGAACAAACUACUUAGUAUGCAUACCUUUACCCUCCAUGAUGAACAAUACAGUAAGCUUAUUCUUGUUUCAUUGUAAAGCAGUGAAUGAUCUAAGCCAGUGGUGCCCAACUUUUUUUUUUUUACCCCAAGGCUCAUACUAAGAUGAAUCUUGCGGGCCACAACACAUACAAAAUUAAAAUAUCUUUAAAUAUUUUCUGAUAUAUAACACGGGAAAGGAAAUUACAAAUCAGGAACUUUUAUUAUCAUUAC